AUGUCUUCAGCUGCUGGGGUACAUUUCAGACCUCCACCAAUCAUUGAGUGUAUCUCGCAAGGCAACUGUCUCGGCAUUGGGCGGAAAGUCUUCAACCCUCACCAGAUCUGCACCAACUGUCUUACGCGACACGACCCUCAACAGCUACGUACCUGGGCUAACAAUAACCGUACAGCACUCGCUCUCAUUGACGAAGAGGUCCGUCGCAAGCAUACUGUCAGGCAAAACAUCGAAGCACACAGUCGCUAUCUCUGCGCCUUCGAAGACCCAGACUUCGAGUACCGCAGGUGGCGGCGGCGUGACUUGAACCUUCGAGGGACCCGCCUCACCUGCAAAGUCGUCCGCAGGAAAGGAGCGGCUUGUGCAAGGUGUUGGAGGAGGCAUCUGCAGAAGAUUGGCAUCGUACAAUACUUCACGCCAAGUGGGUUAUGUCAUGAAGAAGCGGACAAAGUCGUGUCGUCGAGAUUGAAACAGAAGACCCGUCGCUUGAUGUCCGAAUCCGACGCCCCACCAGAUAUGCUGGGCCCACCACCAAGGCCUCAUUGUGCUUUUGGAACCGCCUGCAAUUCUCGUCCAGAAGGACAAGAAAGAGGUCCGAAUAUUUGCGCCUGGUGCAAGAACAUGAGCUUCGAUGCUCUAUACGAGCGAGCAGCGUCUCAUCCUUACAGACGCCAUCUGAACCGUCUUAUUGAUGCAUACAAGCAUCAGCUUGAGCAUGACAGCAACGAACGCAUUAGCAAAGGAUGGUCCAACCUCUGCGCCUGUAAGAAUCCGGAAUACCGCUUCGACACGUGGCGGCGCAGCUUCAAUCCUAAAGACACUCGGCUGUGUGGCACAGUGCGGCACCGUGGCCAGCUAUGCGCGCGCUGCUACCAGAAAGCUCAGGAGCAGGGCUGCCCUUGGCUCGCAGAGUUUGAUGGAGAUAGACUUGGAUUCCCGUGCGUAUUUGAGGACCCCCGGCUGAACAGAGCUGUCGACCGUAACUGGAAGACUGGUCCAUUGGACGAUCAGGGAAAUGCAGAUUCACACUGGGAGAAGGACCCACGGAGGCAUGGUCGAUGUGGAAGGAGGAGAGAAAGAAACAGCCUGUGUCAGCGAUGCUUCAACCGCAUGUGUGAGAUCAAGAGGUUUGGAAGAUACUUUGACCCUGAUUGGGGUACACUACGCCAGAGCUUCGGGCUGUGA